AAAAGAGCACAAGUCUUUUCUAUUUUAUGGAGUUGUACUCUUACAACUUUGUUUCCACAAUGGACAUAAUUUCUGCUAUUGAAUUUGACAAGUCUGGUGAUCAUCUUGCUACCGGUGAUCGCGGUGGUCGAGUAGUUCUCUUUGAACGGACAGAUUCAAAAGAUCAUGGAUCAAGAAAGGAUUUGGAAAGUACCGACUAUUCUAAUAGUCGACAUCCUGAAUUCAGAUAUAAAACCGAGUUUCAGAGUCACGAGCCUGAGUUUUACUAUCUUAAGAGCUUGGAAAUCGAAGAGAAAAUUAACAAAAUCAAAUGGUGCCAAACAGCUAAUGGUUCUGUAUUCCUCCUAUCUACAAAUGACAAAACAAUCAAAUUUUGGAAGGUUCAAGAAAAGAAUGUGAAGAAAAUUUCUGACAUGAAUAUUGACCCUUCAAAAGCAAAUGGAAAUGGAUAA